AUGUCCUAAGGAAGUUCAAAAGAUCAAAGCACCAAUAGUAAAAACAACAUUAAUUUCAGUAAUAAUGUUACUAAUUAUCCACCAAUGCUAUUCAAUCAGUCAUCAUUGAAAUCCGAAGUUCUUUAAGAUUCUUGGAGCAAGCAGAACUCAAAGAAGUCAGCAGGAAGUUAAUUGAGCAAAGCCUAAAAAAAGAAAAAAAACACUGGCCCCAUGCCCUCGUCUUAGCAAGUGAGCCAAAACUUAUUCAUAAAUUUCUCAAACCUGCCAGCAAGCAGCAGUAUCGGUAAUAAAUUCAUUUUAAUCAUUUUAGGAAUCCCUAGCAGUACAACCGGCACAAAUGAAUAGCAAAAGCUUAGUGCUAAGUCACAACACCCUCGAAAUUAAGUGCUAAACAACCCACCAUAACCUCCAUACUCAACCAAUAGCAAUAAUUUAUUGCUAGAGAAGAAAACGACUAAUCAUCACGGGCCUCAUGGAUUAUCGUUUGGAGGUCUCUCAUCUAUUCCUAAAUUCACUAAAGAUAUUAUCAGGCAAGAGUUAUUGCAUGAAAAAGCCUAAAACUAAAAUACAUCUCAUUCAGUGUCUGGUUUUACUUCUUCAACAACCACAUCAGCUUCAACAAAUAAAAAUAAAAACAAUAAUCUGUCAAGAAGACUUAAUCAGUAAAAAAUUUUUAAUAACAAUAGCAAUAGCGUGGCAUCGACUUAGAAUCAAACAGCAGAGAUACUAAGCAUAAACAAUAAUGGCAAGGACUCGCAUUAGCAGGAAUAUUUAGAAAAGUAAAUAGUGAAUAAAUUAUUUGAGUCAUCAUCUAAUGAGAUCCUUAAAUUACCCAAAGUAAAUAAUAACAUUAUUUAAUAGCAACAACAACAAUAGCUAUCAUAACUUUCCACGAUGAAUCAACAGUAAAUGAGUUCUUUUUCACAACAGUAGUCUUAAUUAUAGACACAGCCAGUUAAGCAAGCAAAUAAAUCUUCUAAAAUAAGAUCUGCUCAUCUGAACAAUGAUAGAGAGUCCAUUGAUAAACAGAAUCUGCUAUUAGUCUGUCAAAAUAUAAGCUCGCACAGUAAUAACUUAAAUGAUUAAGACAAAUCAAGCUCCUCGAGCAAGUCCUAGGCAAAUAAUAGCGCUAAGAAAUAACAAACGACUACACAAUCUUAACAGUCAUCUCAGCAGUAAAUGCAUUAAACAAAGAAGGGAGUAGCUCAAAAUCCCUAAUAAGAAAAUAAUGAAUUCUUGCCCAAAACUGGAAUCGAAUAGGUUUUUAUGAGGCAAAGGACAAGCUUCAUAAGGACACACGUUAAAUAGGAAAUGAUAUAUGAAGGUUCAGUCUAUUCGAGACCCUUUAUAGAGGAGUAUAAAAAUAAAGAGAUCAAUAGACAAUCUAAUAUUAUGACUAAGCUGGUAUAUGACUGCAAUGAAAUUUCCCCCUAUUAUUCCUCAUAAAAUGAAUACCUGAGGAUUGAAGACUAAAUAUAAAUUCCUAUAGAAAAAACUGAAAAUGGAACCUUAUCAAAUAUAUACAGUCGCCAGCUUUCAGCUCCUAAUCAAACUAAUAGAUACUACGAAAAACUACAGCCAUACUAUAAAUUAAACGACUAAUCCGAUGACACUCUUUUAUUUGAGUCUAGAUUCGAAUCUGGUAACCUUAAACGAGCUACACAGCUUGAUAGAUACGAAUACGAACUAUAAUUAAAAACAGAUCAUCCAAAUACAAACAACUACACAUAAUGGUAUUACUUUAAAAUUUCAAACACUCGAAGGUUUAGGCAGUAUCAAUUCCAUAUAACUAACUUUAUCAAGCCAGAAUCCUCCUAUAACGAGGGUAUGAAGCCUCUCAUAUAUUCUAAGAAGGAAAGUGAAGGUGGAAAGGUAGGAUGGAUUAGAGCAGGUGAGGAUAUUGCUUACUAUCAAACAAUCUCAAAAAGAAAUCAAUCGAAUGGAGUAAAUAGCCAGCAGUUAUAUACCCUCUCUUUCAAGAUUCAGUUUAAACAUGACUAAGACGAGAUAUAUUUUGCCUAUUGCUAUCCUUAUACAUUCUCAGAUUGCCAGAGACACUUAGCAAAGGUAUGCACUAGUGCGAAUAGAGACAAAGUUCGAAGAGCUGUUCUCUGUAAAACCAUAGCAGGAAACGAUUGCGAGAUGCUAAUUAUCACGAACUUCGCUUCAUCAGCAGAGGAUAUUUCUGAAAGGCCUGCCGUCAUUUUGACUGGUUGA